CAUAUGUGGGACCCACAUGCUAUUGGUCUCCCGCGCUCAUAUAAACUCGCAGAUUCCUUUGGCCCUUUUUAUCACCCUCCACUUUCCCUCUGCCAAAGUUAGGGGGCGUCAAAGUUUACGCCAGAUUUAGAGAGAGAAAGAGAGACAUUUCAGAAGGAGGGAAAGAUGGACUACGUUAAUGGACCUGGAAGGAACCAUCUCUUUGUUCCAGGGCCUGUCAACAUCCCGGAACAGGUCCUUCGUGCAAUGAACCGAAACAAUGAGGAUUAUCGCUCUCCAGCCAUACCAGCAAUGACCAGAACCCUCCUUGAGGAUGUCAAGAAGAUUUUCAAGACUACUAGUGGAACCCCAUUUCUGAUCCCAACCACAGGCACUGGUGCAUGGGAAAGUGCACUUACAAACACACUGUCUCCUGGCGAUCGAAUCAUUUCGUUCCUUAUUGGCCAAUUCAGUUUGCUGUGGAUUGAUCAGCAGCAACGCCUGAACUUCAAUGUUGAUGUGGUCGAAAGUGACUGGGGCCAAGGUGCCAAUCUUGAAGUUUUGGCAUCAAAACUAGCAGCAGAUACUGCCCAUUCUAUCAAGGCCAUUUGCAUUGUGCACAAUGAGACAGCUACUGGAGUAACCAACAACUUGUCUGCUGUGAGAAAAAUACUCGAUGACUACCGGCAUCCAGCACUCUUCCUUGUUGAUGGGGUGUCCUCCAUAUGCGCACUUGAUUUCCGCAUGGAUGAAUGGGGUAUAGACGUGGCUUUAACUGGCUCUCAAAAAGCUCUCUCUCUUCCCACUGGAAUGGGAAUUGUGUGUGCAAGCCCCAAAGCUCUUGAGGCCUCUCAAACUGCAAAAUCGGUGAGAGUUUUCUUCGACUGGAAGGACUACUUGAAGUUCUAUAAGAUGGGAACAUUUUGGCCUUAUACUCCUUCCAUCCAACUGUUGUAUGGGCUGAGAACAGCCUUGGAUCUCAUUUUUGAAGAAGGACUGGACAAUGUGAUUGCAAGGCAUGGCCGCCUUGGCAAAGCAACAAGGCUUGCUGUGGAGGCAUGGGGUUUGAAGAACUGCACACAAAAGGAGGAAUGGUUUAGCGACACGGUUACUGCUGUGGUUGUUCCUCCAUAUAUUGAUAGUUCGGAAAUUGUCAGAAGGGGAUGGAGGAGAUACAAUUUAAGCUUAGGUCUCGGACUGAACAAAGUCGCUGGAAAGGUGUUCAGGAUAGGGCAUCUUGGCAACCUAAAUGAUUUGCAAUUGCUUGGCUGUCUUGCUGGUGUGGAGAUGGUACUCAAGGACGUGGGUUACCCGGUCAAGCUUGGGAGCGGAGUUGCAGCUGCUUGUGCAUACCUACAGAACACCAUUCCCAUGAUUCCUUCCAGGAUUUGAUUACUCUUCCAUGCAUGGAACGACUUUCCCUUCGUCGCUUGCUUCAGGGUACUUGUAAAAAUGCAUAUUCUUCUAUCUCUGUUGGCACUCUUUUGAGGCUUCCUGAAUCUAUAAGAUACUGUUUUUUUAUGUAUUACGUUGUAUUUAAAUGUUGGAACCAAUUAAAUGUUGUUUCCUUGAUCAAA